CUUGUCACUAAUCGGACCACUCAGCCUACAACCUGUGUUUCCACAGAGCUUGCUGGAGUCAUGUCUCAUUUGCACACAGCAAGCAGAAAGCUUGCUGAAAACCCAGCUCUGCCACCUUGCAGGCGCUGAGAAGGGGGCCUGGGAGACCUGUGGGCAGUGGGAGCUCUCCCUCCCCUAGGUAGAACGCUAGGCUUUCAGCAGAAGCCUUCCUGGAGAUGUGCCUGUGAGAAACCAGCAAGCCAGGAUCAGAUUGCAGCAGGCUCCUCCUCCAGACAACAGAGAGGGAAGGAGAGGCGGGGAGCUGGGAGCCAGCAAUUUCACACUGCCUACCUGUACCUUGCCAGCCAGGCAGAGGGACUGCGGUGGGGGCAAGCAUCCUUGAAACCUGCAUCCCAAGGGGUGUGCUGAGUCCCCCAGCACUCCCUGCUAGCCAGAGCACAUCCCACCACCACCACCUGCCUCCAGCCUGGCAUGGAGAGCCUGAGCAACAGCCUGAAGAAGAAAGCGACAGAGAGGCACCACAGGGCAGAAGUGAUGAUUGCUGGAGAGCAACUGAGGAAUGUAACACCUGCAGUAACGCAGCCAGAGAAUCCACUGCAGAAGAGAGAGUUCAAAUGAGCUAGUCUGGACCUUGGCUUACAGAAUAACAUUAUUCACUGAAAAUAAUCCUGUCAAACAGUACAACUGCCUUUUGAUGCAAUAUAUAAAAUAUAAUUAAGACAACUGCAAUUGGAGGAGAAAUAUAGGAGAAAAAAGGCUUCGCCUCCAUGAUGGGAAGCUCAUUAAAGACAGACGUUACCACCUCCGAACAUACCCAAACUGCUUUGUGGCAAAGGAGCUCACAGACUGGCUGAUUGACCACAAAGAAGCACCUGACAGAGAGACGGGUAUCCGCCUGAUGCAGAAGCUAAUGGAUCAUUACAUCAUCCAUCAUGUUUGCGACGAGCACUCAGACUACAAGGAUGCCAAGCUGUUGUACCGUUUCCGCAAGGAUGAUGGGACCUUCCCUCUCAAUAAGGACGUGAAGGUGUUCAUGAGAGGACAGAGUCUUUAUGAGAAGCUGAUCAGUAUUGAAGAUUCAAUUCUGAAGGUGAGAGAGGAAAACUCUGUGAAGUACCAGAGGACAUUCUUGGGCUGUGAAAUGAUUGACUGGCUCAUUCAGGAAGGAGAAACAGCGAACCGAAAGGAAGCUGUGGAGCUGGGCCGUGCACUUCUGGAGCAUGGGAUCAUUCAGCAUGUGUCCAGCAGGCAUCACUUCUUUGACAGUAACAUCCUCUAUCAAUUCUGGAUCAACUUCCGCCGGAGACGUCGCCUCACAGAGUUACUCAAUGAAAACUCUUCUCGUGCUCUGUCCGAGAGCCCGGACAGUCCCUUCUGUCUUCGCAAGCUCAACCCAGACCAGGGCAACACCAGCUUUCUUUCCGUCCAGCCCAACAAGGAGAUUAAAGUUGUCUCAGCAGUUCGAAGGAGCAGCAUCACUUCCCUGGCUGGAAAUUCCAAUCCCUACUUCAGUACUACUCCUAUGUUGGUAUUCCCUCCUGUGGCUGAGUGCAACCCGAAAUCAGUGUUAAAGAGACCAGUCACCAAUGAAGAGCUCCUGUCCCCUGGGGCCCCCUACAUCAAGAAAACACUAACUAUUGUGGGGGAUGCUGUGGGCUGGGGGUUUGUGGUCCGAGGAGGAAGACCUUGCCAUAUCCAAGCGGUAGACCCAGGAGGACCUGCUGCUGCUGCAGGAAUGAAGGUGUGUCAGUUUGUUUUCUCUGUGAAUGGCAUGUACGUUUUGCAUUUGGACUAUCAGACCAUCAGCAGCCUCAUCAUGACAGGACCACGAACUCUUGUCAUGGAAGUCAUGGAAGCCAUUGAAUGAAUGAAGGACUCUCUCAUCCCACCACUGUUUGGAAGAGCAGGACACUUCACAAAACAAGCAUGGACUGUGGGGAGGGAUCAAGCGUGACCUUUCACUCUGAAAUAUUACCCUAGCAUUUUAACAUAUUUUCAAAUAAAUACGUUCUAAUGGACAA